AUGCCGUUGCAUUCCAUAUUAAAAGAAAUGGAGAUGAUAAACUUUGCUAUUCCAAAUAAAAGUCCACCUUCUGUUCUUCCUGAUAAAUUAGUCAAUAGUCAACUUUAUAGUGAAGACCUUGCACCAACUCCAUUAUCCAAACGGACAUGGACAACAUGGAAUUAUGCUACGUUAUGGAUUUCAAUGUGUCAUUGUUUACCAACGUAUGCUUUAUGUGGAAGUUUAAUCACGUCUGGUAUGAAUUAG